GUGAAUAGAAGCCAACCGUUAGAUGUGGCAAAAUGUCGGUUCUGCAUUUCCCCGCCGACGCCACCACAUCCGUCCACCGCCGGCUCGCCUCCGGAGCGCUCAAUUCAAGUAAUCCCACUUUGUUGAUUUCUAGUUCUUUGACCUCAUUCUCCACUAGACCCUCCAGGAGAAAAAACCACCUCCGCCAAAAAAUCCUCAAAACCCUAGAAAAACCCAUUAUCCCCAGACUUACCCCUCCAAAUCCGAUAACCCCUAUCUUUACAGAAAAAGAGUAUGAUUCUGAUAAAAUCCAGCUAUUACAUGAAUCCGGGAAGUCUGAAAACUCAGAGACUGGGAAUGAGGAAGUUCGAAAAUCUGAAGAAUUGAGGGAAAUUGAAGUUUCAGAGUCGUCUAGUGUUGAUGUGAGUAUACCCAAAGAUCUAAUCUUUAAACAUUGGCAUUGGUUGGUUGGGUCUUUUGUUUUCCAGACCCUUUGUGCUAUCUGGAUCUUUAGUUGGGAUGAUUCUGAUGGUCAUAAAAAACAAAUAUCGUCUGAGACCAAGAGCAAUUCAGUUCUUGAAGUGGAAGGAAAUGAAAAAGGUAAAUCGAGGAUGAAAUCUAACAUUUAUGGAAAUGGGACCGGGAAAAUGGGAGCUGGGAAUAGUGAUCCGGACUCGAUUGUUUAUGUAGAUAAGCUGGAGAUGGAGAGAAAAAUUGAGGAAAUUCAGGUAAUGGCGAACAAGGCAAGAGAGGUGGAAAGAUUAGAGUUGAAGAAAAAUGGUAUAUAUGAUAGUGAUGAAAUUGACGGGGAGAAUUGUGCGAAAAAUGAAAUUCAAGAAGAGGUUGGCAACCGGUUGGUUAAGUUCAGGAAAAAGUUAGAAAAGGCACGUUCAAAAGUGCCGGUGGCUUCAGUUGAGUAUUUGAGGAAGGAAAAUGAAACAAAUGAUGAGGUUAAGAUUCAUGACAAGGGUGUAUAUGAGGGAGAUAUUAAUGGGGAGUUGUUAUUUAAGAAGAAGUACAAAUUCAAAGGUGGGCCAACCAAGCCAGUCGAGAAACCCAAGGGUUUUGUGGGUUCAGUGGGUACUGAUGUUGAAAGUUUACAGAAACCAAAAGUGAAAAAUGGAAUUGGUCUCGAGAAAAAUAAUGGGAAGAAAUUGAAGAGUGAAGCUGUGGAGCCUAGAAAGUCUACAUCAGUACAAGAAGUUGAAAGUGGGAACAACUCUUGGUGGUUGAAUCUUCCUUAUGUUACAGUUAUUGUAAUGGGUAGAGGACAGGAUGACGAGAGUGUUGGAUUUUAUUCAUUACAGAGCAUUUCUAGCACAGGUGAACAGCUGUCUCAUUUAGUUGCCUUUGAGGACCAUACAGAUGCCACCAACUUCAGUUAUCUUUUGCAGUCCUUCUUUGAUUAUAUGGACGAUUUCAUGGCUGAUAUUGUUCCUUUAACAGUCAAAGAACUGAAUGAAUCAGCAAAAUACAUGAACUCAAAGGUGUUGGUUGUGAAGAAACAAAUUCUUCAGCUUUACGCAGGGCAACCACUUGAUGAUGCUGAGACCAAAUUGCGUGCUAUGAUUUAAGGCCAAAACCAAUAAUCAAUGCUGGACAUCCUCCCGAUUUUCCUGCCCUUGAUCGUGGAUAACUACACCAACCAACUUCUGGUCUUCGAAGUUCUUCUGGGGAAAUGGCAGAAUUGGAGUCUCAUUUUUAUUUUUAUUUUUAU